CGGGAGCGCGCGCGGCUGUGGAGGGCGCGGGAGGCCGCGGAGCCGCGAUAGCCGCCAUAUUAAGGAGCGCGGAACCGGGGACCCCGUCAGUGGCGGCUGCAGCCAGACCCAGGGGGGCUGCGGACAGUGGAGGCGGCGCGGCGCGGCACGGCGCCGGAAGAGGCGGGGCCGACGGAGCCAGCGGGUGACGGGAGCGAGCCAGGCUGACUUUGGCUGGCAGAACUUGGCAGGCUGACUUGGUCAGCAGCCAUACCUGCCGUGCCUCACCAUGGACCAGGACUAUGAGCGGCGACUCCUCCGGCAGAUCGUCAUCCAGAACGAGAAUACGAUGCCCUGUGUCUCAGAGAUGCGGCGGACCCUGACGCCUGCCAACUCCCCUGUGUCCUCCCCCAGCAAGCACGGGGACCGCUUCAUCCCCUCAAGAGCCGGUGCCAACUGGAGUGUCAAUUUCCACAGGAUCAAUGAAAAUGAGAAGUCUCCCAGCCAGAACCGGAAAGCCAAGGAUGCCACCUCAGACAAUGGCAAAGAUGGCCUGGCCUACUCGGCCCUGCUGAAGAAUGAGCUGCUAGGGGCUGGCAUCGAGAAGGUGCAGGACCCACAGACAGAGGACCGCAGGCUGCAGCCCUCCACGCCCGAGAAGAAGGGCCUCUUCACGUAUUCCCUCAGUACCAAGCGCUCAAGCCCUGAUGACGGCAAUGACGUGUCUCCCUAUUCCUUGUCCCCCGUCAGCAACAAAAGCCAGAAGUUACUGCGGUCACCCCGGAAACCCACCCGCAAAAUCUCCAAGAUCCCCUUCAAGGUUCUAGAUGCACCUGAGCUGCAGGAUGACUUCUACCUGAAUCUAGUGGAUUGGUCAUCUCUCAAUGUGCUCAGUGUGGGGCUGGGCACCUGCGUGUACCUGUGGAGUGCCUGUACCAGCCAGGUGACCCGGCUCUGUGACCUUUCUGUGGAAGGGGACUCAGUGACCUCCGUGGGCUGGUCUGAGCGGGGGAACCUGGUGGCUGUCGGCACACAUAAGGGCUUCGUGCAGAUCUGGGAUGCGGCUGCAGGGAAGAAGCUCUCCAUGCUGGAAGGCCACACGGCGCGUGUCGGGGCCCUGGCCUGGAAUGCUGACCAGCUCUCGUCCGGGAGUCGGGAUCGCAUGAUCCUGCAAAGGGACAUCCGCACCCCACCCCUGCAGUUGGAGCGGCGACUGCAGGGCCACCGGCAGGAGGUGUGUGGGCUCAAGUGGUCCACAGACCACCAGCUCCUCGCCUCAGGAGGAAAUGACAACAAGCUGCUGGUCUGGAACCACUCAAGUCUGAGUCCUGUGCAGCAGUACACAGAGCACCUGGCGGCCGUGAAGGCCAUAGCCUGGUCCCCACACCAGCAUGGACUGCUGGCAUCUGGCGGCGGCACGGCCGACCGUUGCAUCCGCUUCUGGAACACACUCACAGGGCAGCCACUGCAGUGCAUCGACACAGGCUCCCAGGUGUGCAACCUGGCCUGGUCCAAGCAUGCCAAUGAGCUGGUGAGCACGCAUGGCUAUUCACAGAACCAGAUCCUGGUCUGGAAGUACCCGUCCCUGACCCAGGUGGCCAAGUUGACUGGGCACUCCUACCGGGUUCUGUACCUGGCCAUGUCCCCUGAUGGAGAGGCCAUCGUCACUGGUGCUGGCGACGAAACCCUGAGGUUCUGGAAUGUCUUUAGCAAAACCCGUUCGACAAAGGUAAAGUGGGAAUCCGUGUCCGUUCUCAACCUCUUCACCAGAAUCCGGUAAACCAUGGGCCGAGCCAUCAGGGCAGAGGAGCACCACCUGUCAUCACAUGCAUGACCCUCCCUCCCCGCACAUGUCCCCGGAGGAAGCAGCCGGGGUGGGCGGGAAGCCGGGCCCGGAGAGACCCUGAAGAUUCUCAUUAAAGCCUGAUUGCGAACCCUGUCGGCGAUGUUUGGGGCGGGGAUGUGGUCGGGCACCGGCAGGCUCGGGCUCCAGCUCCCUCCACACUGGGUAGCUCCGUGGCCCCAGCUCUGACACUAGGAUGGGGAUGGACGCCUCUCUGGACCCCUGCCUGCUUCCCUUUGUGUCCAUCACCACCUUGUCAGGCUGCAUGCUCUUCUCAGAAGCAUGAGUUCGCCACCACUGCUACACCACCCACGCCUGCGACAGGACAGACAGCUGGACGCCAAGCCGGUCAGCCAGGGAAGGGCCCAGCAGUAGGACGGUUCAGGUCAGCCCAUGGAUCAACAGGACACUCCUGCUAGGUCUCUCUGUGGCCACCUCUGCUGCCCCUGUGCCGGCAGCCAUCCCGGUGACUUUGCUAGGGGCCAGGUGUCAGGAGCAGGCCCCAGGCAGGCUGUGUACCAGAGGAGGUCAUCUCGAGAUGGACUUGUUCAAGGAAAACUGAAGUUUGGUCCACUUGCCGUCAUGUGCUUGCCCUGACCCUGUACUGUCCUUGUCACUAAUGGGGUCACAGCUGAGCUCUGUCACCAGCAGGACUGUAGUGCCUGUGCCUUGUGAGUGUACAGAUCCAGGCGACCUCAGGGUGGUGCCUCGCCCUCCUCCAUCAAGCUGUCCCAUUGUGCCCUGUCUGUGUCCAUGGCCACGGGGGAGCCAGGGAGGGGGUGCUCACUGGCCCCCAGAAGCUCCCUGAUUUUCCCUGCCCCUGCCCCCACCCUGUUGUCCUCUGCCCAAGCUGUACCUGGACACCACCUCAUUCCCAGACCUGGAGAAAUUGGAGGGAGAGAGGUGCACCCAGUUGUAGGCUGAGGUGGGGGUCACCCUGGCUCUGCUUCGAGGCCCCACUCCUCCAGUGUCCCCUCCCCUGCAGUCGGCCACAUGUGCAUGUGUAUAUAUGUAUUUGUGACUUUGGUUUGUUUUGUGUUUUGUAGAUGGGCUCCAGAAAUGUUUAAGGCUAGCUGGGGAGGACCCAGCCCACCCACUAUGCCUGGGGAUGACAGGCGUCUCAGCUUUUAAAACCUUCAUUUAGGAGGGGCCAUCAGCUGAACCUGCCUGGGCUUGGGGGAAGGGUGGGACCCCACCUCUCCUGCCCCCUCCCGGCACCUGCGUGCCACAGCCUCAAGCAAGGACAUUGUACAUAGAUGUGUGCGUUUCAAUGGGUCGUCAUUUUUGUGUCUUUUUUUUUUUUUUUAAUAAGAAAACAAUCCUUUUCCUACCACUCCCUCACCCUGUGCAGCUGCCGAAGAGCUCAGCGCUGGCUCUGUGUGAGACCCGUGUGCCGGUGGAGAGCUGUCUGAGGGAUGCCAGUGUCCCUGACCUCAUGGUCUAGUGGGGGUGAGGACGGCGUGCACUCAUACCAGACUUGCAGUCCAGCUGAGGAAGAGGUGCCACAGGCCAGGGAUGGUGAUCACAUGCAGUGAGGUGUAGGGGUGGGGGAAGGAGGGCCUCCUAGGGGCUACAGGCUGUACAGGAGCUCUCAUGCAGGGCAGGUGGUGUUGCCGCCUCCACCUAACAGGACUAGAGCCAGCAGUGGGGGUGUCACUCACCCAGUGUCUACACCUGGGGAAGGUUGAUGGGUGGGGUGGAGUAGGGCAAGGUCUGUCAUGUGUUCUUUGAUCAUCAAAGGUAGCUUUUUUGGGAAAGGAGCUGUGGGUGAGGCAGAGGCCAGUGCAGCAGUGAGAGCAGUGAGAGACCAGCAGGGCCUUGCAGCUGCUCAGGACUGGUGGAGCACCCCAGGCCCUUCCCUCCAGAUAAAGAGAGGUCCCUGUCCUAGGCACUAGGGACUACAAAACAGACCAUAUUCCAAGACCUGCCCUGGUGGAGUUUCUGUUGGGUAUGAGGGAGCUGUGUGCUAUGUGAUGGAGGUAGGAGGCUUUGGGAAGGGACAGCUUUGAAUCCAGGGCUUGCAACAAACCUGGAAACGGAGAAGGGCUUGAAAAAGAGCAGGAGACACCUGGGCAGAGGGCUUUCCAGGCAGCCCUGGGUAGGGCAGUUCCUGAUGUGUUGGAGCAACAGUGAGGAGGCCCAUGUGGCUGGAGCAGAGUGAGUGGGGGGAGAGAGGCGGUGAGGCAGGGAGAGGCCUGAGCAGGUCAUGCAGGGCCUUGUGGGCCAUUGGAAGGGCCUGGGCCUCUACCCUGGGGGAGGUGGGAAUCCUGGUACUGAGUCGAGAAGGGAA